AUGGCACGAGAAAGAGACGGGGACAGCGCAUCUGCAGCCCCCGAUGGCCAAUCAAAGCAUCGCGACCCCGACGCACACAGCGACAUCUCUGCAGCUGCACACCAGCACCGUCAUAAGCCGCAGCAUCAAAAGCACCACCACGUCGGCGGCCGACUUCAUGCCCGCGUCCCCUCCUCCAAGGUCCUGCACACAAAGUCGCACCAGCAUGGUCAGGCCGCGCCCAGGUUAACUAGGCGCACAACCUCCCCCGGCGACCGCGAGUCCAAUCGCCGCCCAAACUAUCAUCGCCGCGUCAAUAGCGAAGCCAAGUUGUCGCGCGACACCUCCUCCGGCAACCUCCCCAAAAGCGCAUCCCAGUCUAGUCUCAAGCGCAAUCGAUCCAGCAUCGAAGUCUCUAAGCGCAACCGCUCUUCCGAUAAGCUGCCGCGCAAUACUAGCAGCUCAGCCGUCAACAAGCACAAACCCAAUAAAUCCCAGGUCACCUUCGACAUUGGCGUCGAUGAUCCCGAAGACGAAUGGGUCGAUGCGAGCGGUUCCAAUUCACCACACAUGUCCAGAAAAAGCUCACUCCUCAACAGUGGGCAGUCUUCCCUGCAGCGGAACCCCGCGUCAACUGGCAAUUCCAGACCACAGACGCCCAACAAGCCUACGCAGCCAUUCCCAAAUACUUCGCCCUCCGAGCAAGAGCGACUGCGCCACAAGGAAUAUCUUACCUCUCGCGUGCUGAAGCGCACUAUGUCGCACGGCGCAACAACGCAGAUGGCCACCCAAAUGGCCCAGGCCAAUCUCCCACGCCAUUCUCCGGAAUCAGACGUUCCCAAUGCAUCCCUCUCGACACCUGGCACCCAAGACGGCCUAAUAUCGAGAUUUGUCGAGACUCCCGGAUCAGGCAUCAUCAGCGAGGGCUCAUUCUAUCAUCCUUCCACUGGCUCGCAGCCGCCACCAGUCUCUCCACGCGUCCAUUCCUCUUCCAGCCUUUCACAAAACGGCUCAAAGCAUCUGAUCCCUGACAUUGAUGACAGCGCUCUUGUGCCGAAAGCGUCUGGACGCAGCACUGCUCCCAGGGCAGAGACCUCCCGGACACAACAAAAGUUGAAUCUGCAGCGCCAGAGCUCCGCACUCGAACCUGGUCAGGCUGUUGGGGCUGUUGGGGGCGUUGCCGGGCCUUUGAUUGGUAUCACUGGGGCAGGUUACGACGGCGCCAGUAGCCGUGAUCCACGCGUCAACAGGCUGAUGGAAAGGACUGGCAUGGAAUAUCUCGUGGUGCGAAGAUGUCAGAACCCCAUUGUCCGCUCGCUUAAUCGUCUCAACCGUCUACCUGACCUUGAAAAGAGCAAGCGCAUCCCUCGUCCUGCCACACCUCUUACUAACGGCAAAAGAACGGCAGCUGAAACAUCGGGCCGGCAUACACGUAACGUGAGCAUGCCAGACUCGAGACCGACCGCAGCAGCGCCGAGACGGGUGGCGACUAUACGGAGCAGCGGUGCGGGCUCCAGCUUCGAAGGGGAUGACGCGGGCCGAUUGAGCGAAAGGAUGAGCGGCUCCAGUGCUACAGAGGAGAUCAACGAUACCGCAACGAUACUGAGAAACUUGUGGGAGAAGUCGAUGGACCUGAGCGCGAGCACUGACUGA